ACAAAAGUAAACCAGUAUUAAUAUGCCAGAAUGUUAAUAAAUUUUGUGUAUCUUAAGAAUAUUUAAAAUUUUUUGUGUUUUUGCUUUUGGCAUUAGCUUUGGCUAACCUCUUUUGAAUGAAUACCAAGUACCAGUAUGGGGAUAUGUCUAUUAAGCCUUGGUGCCAAAAAAAGUGUCAAUCAGCUUAUCCUAUUUGUCCUGUUCUUUGGUCUGGUUGUAUGGUGUGACAAUGUUCCUGUCUACGAUGAACCAAGAUUGCCAGAGACUGUGAUACCCUUCCAUUACAACCUACAACUGAUAACCCAUUUAGAAGACUCGUCCAAAUUUAGGUACGAGGGGGUCGUCAACAUAUCCAUUCACAUCCAGAAAGAAACCAAUGAGCUAGUACUUCAUGCAGCCGACUUUAAAAUCAAUAUGAAGGAAGUAUCAUUGUGGAGCACUGACCAUGUUUUUAAGUUGGUAAAGGCAAAGUUCAACAGGCGCCGCAGCUAUAUGGUUCUCACCUUUAACCAGCAUCUGAGACCGGGAAAAUUCUAUACUCUGAAGAUGCCAUUUCAACGCCCCAUGUCGGACGACAGCCAGACCGGAUAUGUUGUGAACCACUAUGUGGACGGAGCAACAUCCCGUACAAAUUGGUACUCGGUGACUCACUUUAAUAGGAAUUCCAUCCGGAACACAAUGCCCAGUUUUGACGAGCCUUCUAUGAGGGCUACUUUCAAUGUGACCCAUGGUCAUCACAAACGCUUCCAGAGCUUCAGCAACAUGAAGGUCCAGAAAGUCCUGCCCAAUCACCAGUUUGAGGACUAUGUCUGGUCUGUUCACGAGACAUCGCCACCAAUCCCCACAUAUCUGCUGGCCUUUGCCCUAAACAACUUCACCUGCCACUUCAGCCAGUCGGCCAAUACCAAGCCCAUUAGCUUUCGCACCUGCUCGCCGGCAGGUCAGGUGCGCGAAACCUCUUUCGCCGCGCAGGUGGCGCCGCAGCUGCUUACCCACAUUGAGGAGAUAUUGCAGGUCCAGCUCCCUCUGGAAAAGAUUGAUCAGCUGGUGGUGGACAACUUCCCCACGGCAGCGCUGGAAAACCUGGGCUUGGUGGUCUAUGGCAGCCACAUGAUCCUCCACAAAGAGCUUCCCGGCGAACCACUCACACGCACACAACUACAAAUUAUGGAGCUAGUAGCCCAUGAGAUGGCCCACAUGUGGUUUGGGAACCUACUGGGCCUCAAUUGGUGGACGGACCUCUGGCUGUUGGAGGGCCUGUCUUGCUUUCUCCAGUCAUUGGCCAUAGAGAGGAUGCAGCCGCGGAUGGGCCUGCGGAUGAUGCUCCGUAGCCGUGAGUCAUCUCUGAUGCAUGAGACGGUGAAAGGGGGCCUAAUGCUGGUCCAGGAUACAAUGCCCAUCGAGUCCGAUACCCACAUGUUUCAGAAGGGCACCGCGCUGAUGGUCAUGCUCUGCUCCAUGUUGGGCAACACCACUUUCUUUGACGGCCUACAGCGGCACCUAUGGAAGCACAGCUUCGAUAGCAGUACUCCCGGAGACUUCCUACGGGCGAUACAACUGGCAGGCGAGCGGCAUGACUCGCUCCCGGAAGGCUACGAUGUAAGGACCAUCAUGAACACGUGGACCAUGCAGAGCGGCUAUCCGCUGGUGACGGUGAGCCGGAGCGAUUAUGGUCUGGAUGUAAGUCAGAGUGACGCCCUCGAUGAUAACAGUACGGAGCUAUGGUGGAUCCCGCUCACCUUUACCAUGCAGGAAUCGUCAGACUUCCAGCGCACUCUUCCGGAAGCCUGGCUCACUCCGGACAAGCCGAAACUACAUCUGAAUCUUACUCUGCCCCAGGGCGACUGGGUAAUCUUCAACCUUCAGGCCCUCGGCUACUACAGAGUCGAAUACGAUGAGCACAACCUGAAACUUUUAGCCAAGGCGCUGUUCAAUAAUUUUCGUAGUAUCCAUGUUCUGAACAGAGCCCAGAUCGUCAGCGAUGUCCUCUUCCUGAGGCGCCAGGGCCGUAUAAGCUGGAACAACGCCUUCGAGGUGCUCAAGUACAUUAUUGACGAGGACGAGUACGAGCCACUGAUGGCCUUCGUUGUGGGGGUUACUAACGGCUUCUGGGGCCUGUCGCCGGACACUUCCAUUUCCAUUGCGAAAUGGCUGGGCAUUGCCGGGAAGUGGUACGCGGAGUUCAUCAGUUACACGUUCGACAAGUUCGUGAUGCAGGAGCAAAGUUUGAAUACCCUCGAUAUGCCGCACUAGCUUCCACCAGGGCACGGAGG